UCUGGAUUGGAGUUACGCAAAGACCGAACCAUGCCGUGCAUGAGUAAUAUUUAGACAUGUUCAGCUUUGUGGAUAUUCAGUUAGCGCUGCUGCUGAGUGCAGCGGUGCUUUUGGCGAGAGGUCAAGGCGAGGAUGAUGUGCCACCCGGUGGCUGCACAUUAGAUGGAAAGGUUUACAAGGACAAGAGUGAAUGGAAACCAAAGCCCUGCAGGACCUGCUUCUGCGAGGGUGGAUCUGUCAUGUGCAACGAGGUGAUCUGCGUGGUCACACCCAACUGCGACUACCCAAAAGGAGAGUGCUGCCCCAUCUGCCCUGAUGAUGGUACGCCGCCUUGAUCCCACCUUGUCUCUGACAAUCUGAGGCUCCUGGGCCAUGAGUGGAUUGAGGCCCUGAGCCUGCCUGCUUGCCAAUAACAAAGCUGUACCUAUAGAAGACACUUAGAGUCUGGAUGUGUUGACCUCUGUAUCUUUGAUUUUAGCAUUUUUCAAAGGGAAUCUCUAAAUAGCCAACAUUUGUGGAGAUGCACAAGCCCUCGAUUCACAACCUGAUAAAUGCUAAUAUCUGAGAGAAGUAAGACGCUAAUCAUUAGCACUUAAUUAAAGCCUCUCUGCAAUAUUUCUUACAUAAGCUUUUAAUGGGAGCAAAAUUGGAUUAAUAACAAUCAAAGCAGGAUAUUUAAACUCUAUUGUCGAUUUCACUGCAGUUAUGUAUUAAAUAUGUUGAUUGUC